UUUGGUUCUCUUCAGCUGUAAACGUCUCAAAAGAAAAAAACAUUUCGUUAAUGGAUCAAUUCGGGCUCGAAAACCAACCAAUAUAGCCGUCUUAGCUGGCCAGGCCUAGGACUUUAUUCAUUCAAAUAGCGACACAUCAAAAAUUGCCUUCAGGAACUCAGGAUAAUGCAGAACAAGCUCAAGAGGCCAACAGAAACAACAACAAAAACAACAACUAGCAUGUGCAACGUAGCAUGGAAAUCGGGGAACUUCACGGACUACUUGCUGGCAAGUAGUUCCAGGACAUGGACCUUGAUAGUACUUAUUUUCUUGGGCCUUGUAAGUCUAUCGCACGCCGCUGAUCCGCUCAAGGUUAUUUAUGCUGUGAACGCCGGAGGUGAGGAGCACACGGACCGAAAUGGUAUCCAGUACGAUGCAGAUCCUUUGAAAGGAGUUGGAAUCGCCUCGGACUAUGGGAAGCACCUACUGAUGAUUGGACGGGUGCAGGAGCAAGACGAGGUUCUAUAUAGAACGGAACGCUAUCACACCACCACAUUUGGUUACGACUUGCCCAGCGAUGGGGAUGGAGAUUACGCGCUGAUUAUGAAAUUCUGUGAAGUUUACUUUGACGCCCCCCAGAAAAAGGUCUUCGAUGUACUCCUGAAUCGCAAACACACGAUUGUCAAGCAGCUGGACAUAUAUGACCAGGUGGGCAGGGGAUCGGCACACGACGAAAUCGUUUACUUUAAAAUCAACAACGGAAGAUUGCACUACGACGGCGAGGUCUCCGACGUGAGGAACGGACGUCUUCGAUUAGACUUCAUCAAGGGGGCUCUGGACAAUCCCAAGAUAAAUGCCUUCGCCUUGCUGAAGGGUGAUGUCUCCCAGCUACCACGUCUGCAUGGCACCGAGGCUAGUGAAAGAAUCAAACCCGAGGGCGGAAGCAGCAAACCGACCCAGGCCCAACAAAGUGAGCGCAUUGUACGCUCUCAGAGGAACGACAUAGACGAGGAUGACGAGGAUCUGGACGAUGAGGAGUUCGAGGAGGAGCUGCCCGAGGAGAAGGCCGCUGAACCGAGGCAGGAUGUCCAGACGCAGCAGAGUUCAGACCCAAAACGCUCCUACAGCGGUCCGAAGCAACCCAAUCCCUACUCAAUGGACGACUCAUCCAUAUUGUUGCCUGUUUUCAUUGCCAUCGGGGCCUUUAUACCGCUUCUAUUCUGCCUGUGCAAGCUGUGAUCCUCUAAUGUCCAUCCAGUGAUCUCGGCCAGCGUUGAAUUCUUACGUUUUGUGAUUUUGAUAAAAGACUUAAUUGUAUACUUAUCGUUUAGUUCUUAUGUUAGGCAUCCCUAGAGAACAAUUUCCCUGACUUCCCCAGAGCGCAGAUGUUCCUUCCCUCUUUCCUUUCCGCAAUAUGAAUACGCUUUUCGAGUUCCUUUAGUUUUUUUUCCACUGCCGUUCCCGGGUCGGGUACUUAAUCUUAAAACAUAAUCAGUUAAUGGAAUCUUGGAAUUUUACCAGCUCGCUUGACUGUUCUUUUGGCGGAAGCGCACAAGUUUAGGCGCCUUUUAGGGCAGUUUGGCUUAGAAACUGUUAAUUUUGAGUGACGAAAUAAAAUAAACCUUGUUUGUUAUCAAUAAAA